AUGAGCCCAGUAUACAUUGUUGGGGCGGCGAGGACCCCCACUGCACGCAUUAAUACCCAGCUAGACUCUGUCCCGGGCACCACUCUUGGAGCCAUCGCAAUUCGUGAAGCCAUCCGUCGAUCACAAGUACCGCUAGAUUUGUUUUCGGAUGUUUACAUGGGCCAAGUGCUUCAAGCUGGCGCUGGCCAGGCCCCAGCAAAGCAGGCUGCGAUACAGGCCGGUUUGGCGCCAGAUAUCGAGGCUACCACGAUAAACAAAGUAUGCGCAUCUGGGCUCAAGGCCAUCACACUUGCUGCCCAGAAUAUCCAACUAGGGCACGCCGUUGCUCAGGUGGCCGGGGGAAUGGAGAGUAUGUCGAAUGUCCCCGGGUAUCUAAAGAAAGGAGAUGACACGAAUUCCAAAGAAAAUCUGGUAAUUGAUGGUCUCCAGCUUGAUGGGUUGAUUAACUCCUCAGACGGUCGGUCUAUGGGCGCCUGUGCUGAGGGUGUCGCGCACCAGCUGGGUAUAACCCGUGAAGACCAGGAUGACUAUGCCCUCGCUGCCUAUAAUCGGGCAUAUCAAGCACAGCAGAAUAAUGUCUUCCAAGAAGAGAUUACACCCGUGUCAGUAAAUGCAGGGGCAGCCGAGAUAUUUGACACCGACAGUCUCCCCCAUGAAAGCCUCUUCAACCGACUUCAGUCUUUGAAGCCCGUGUUUUCCCCCGAUGGGACAGUCACCGCAGGAAACGCUUGUCCACUAAGCGAUGGUGCUUCGGCAGUGGUACUGGUGGAUGCCCAGGUCGCCGUGCAGUUUUGUCGAGAAAAUCGAGUGUUGGCGAAAAUAAUAGCUUAUGCCGAUGCCGCCGUUGCCCCACAUGAGUUUGCUCUAGCUCCAACCAAGGCAAUUCAGCUUGUCCUUGAGAGAGCCCAAAUGUGUGCUGAACAGAUCUCGUUAUGGGAAAUUAACGAAGCUUUUGCGAUCGUAGUGAUAACUUCACAACAGCUGCUCGGCUUGGACCCUGAUAUGGUUAAUGUCAAUGGGGGAGCCAUCGCAUUCGGUCAUCCCUUGGGCAGCUCAGGUUGUCGAAUUAUGGUCAGUCUCUUACACCAGCUGGCUCACGGUCAGUAUGGUGUUGCAGUUAUCUGCAAUGGGGGUGGAGGUGCCACAGCUGUGCUUAUUCAGCGAGUAGAAGGCAAAGAUCUGGAUGCCUCAACAUAA